CCAAAAUGGCGGGCGAAAGCGACGCCGAAGGCGGCGACGGGAAAAGCGACCGUCAGGCCGGCGGGGAAGGCUCCUCGGGGGCCGGCAGGGCUGCCGUCACCCCGGCGGUGCCGCGCGACAAGCGGCUGGUGUGCGUGGAGUACCCCGGCGUGGUGCGGGACGUGGACAAGGCGCUCCUGACGCUGGGGGGCGAAGAGGGGGUCUCUCGGAUCUAUGCUGACCCAAGCAGAAGACUUGAGCUAUACUUCCGCCCCAAAGAUCCUUACUGCCACCCUGCUUGUGCCAACCGUUUCCCUACAUCUUCCAUGCUCCUCAAAGUGAGAAAGAAAACUUGGAGGAAACAGACAGAAGCUGGUGAUUUUGAAGAAGAAAGUACAUUUGAAGUGGAGGUCCUUGGCAUAGUCACCACAGUUUAUAAGUUUCAAGGGAUGUCUGAUUUCCAGUACUUGGCCGUGCACUCAGGCCCUGAGGGCAAGCAAACAUCCAUGUAUGACAAAGUCCUGAUGCUCAAGCCAGAGAAAGAGGAGUUCUUCAUGAGUGACAUGCCACUUUAUAUUCCUCCACCCAUUUUCUCACGCCUGGACACACCUGUAGACUAUUAUUACCGCCCAGAAACACAACACAGGGAAGGAUAUCACAACCCUUCUGUGUCUAGUGAGAAUCUGAUAGGCCUCAGCAGGGCUCGCCGGCCCCACAAUGCCAUUUUUGUCAAUUUUGAGGAUGAAGAGAUCCCCACCAAGCCCUUGGAUGCAGCAGAGCAGACCUGGAAGAGAGUUUGCAGCAACGCCAUGGACCACAAAGCAGAAGAAGAGUUGAGAAAACUGUUUGAAGUCCGACCUGUCUGGUCUCGUAAUGCCGUGAAAGCCAAUAUCAGUAUUCAUCCUGAUAAACUUAAGUUUCUUCUGCCAUAUUUAGCUUAUUAUAUGCUAACAGGUCCCUGGAGAAGCCUGUGGGUUUGCUUCAGUUAUGAUCCAAGAAAAAACCCCGAAGCAAAAAUCUACCAAGUCCUGGAUUUCAGAAUUCGCUGUGGAAUGAAAUACGGAUACGCGCCAAACGACAUGCCAGUAAAAACCAAGCGGAGCGCCUACAACUACAGCUUGCCCAUCACAAUAAAAAAACCAGCAAGUCAUGCAGUCGGCAUACAGGACCUGAAGCACGGGCUGAGCGCGUCUGGGACGGCCAGUGGGAAAAAGCCUGCCUUUAGCAAGUACAAACUUAAGGAUUCAAUUUAUAUCUUCCGUGAAGGGUCCCUGCCCCCUUAUCGGCAGAUGUUCUAUCAGCUCUGUGACCUGAAUGUGGAAUGCUUGCAGAAGAUCAUCCACCGGAAUGACGGCAUGGAGACGGUCUGCACUGAACGAGACGGCUGGUGCCUUCCCAAGACCAGUGAUGAGUUACGGGAUGCAAUGUCUCUGAUGAUAAAACAGAUAAUCCGCUCAGCAAGGCCUGCUCUGUUCACAAGUACUUCAAACGCCGAAGAGGGCAAAGAGCAGCUGACAUUUGAGUCUGGAGAGGAGGAGGAAGAGGAGGAGGAGGAGGAGGAGGAGGAGGAGGAAUUCAAGCCUUCCGAUGGGAGCGAAAACGAAAUGGAGACAGAGAUUCUGGACUAUGUGUGAUGCCACAUGCCUGAUGUGGACACAUUUGUGGGGGAAAUCUUUGCAGCCCAUGUUUUGGUGAGGGACAUGGGGACAGGCAGGCCAACUUGAUCUGCAGGCUCUGUGUGAUGCCCUUUACCCCCCCCCCCCGGGCUGUUUCCACUCCUGGCCCCCUUGGCUGCUCUCCUGGGAUUGAUCUGGCCUGCAAGGCACGUGUGGCGCUUGACCACAAUCAAAACAUGCCGCUGAGUAACUUCUGCUCUGACGCCAUUUGUGCUCAACAGCAGUAGCUGCCCUUCCAGAUUCUCCCCACCACGGCUGUCUGUUCCCCCGUUCGUCAUGGACUGCGCUCCGUGGCACUUUGGCGCUGUGCAGAUGCCAUUUCACUCCAGCAUUGACUCAUGGAAACCUGUUCUUACAAGUGGUUACCAAGGAUAUUGAUACUGUGCACAGAUACCUUUUCCUGUCAGGUACACUGAAAGCCGGCAGAGCCGCAUGGACCAAGUUUUUGGUGGUCUUGUCAAACCAGACUGAUUUUAUGCAGCCACCAGGAAGCCUCUCCAACUUGGCUGUUUCUUGUGGCAAAGAAGCAAUGGACUCUCGCAAACUCAUUCCUAGAAGAACUCUGUCGCUCCCAGGGAUGCUGGUUCAUGCUGUCGGGCUCAUUUCCCUGUGCUGUGCCGUCAAAAUGUUUUCUAUCACAUUUGAUCCACGGUUCCCUGCAGCAAAGCAAAGAUUGUCUUGGCAUUUAAAAUUAUGUUGGGAAGGAACCUUGGAGGUCCUCCAGCAAGAUCCUCCACUCAGUGUAUGAUCUAGUGCAGGAUGCAUUUCCGGCCGGCAAAAGAGAUGGCCCUGCAGGCUUAGCUGAAAUGCCUUGUGGGAAGAAGUGCUCCUCGCUUCUUGAGCUGGCCUGUCCUGCAGACCAACAGCUGUACUCUUAGGAACUACCGUUAGGAAGUUGUGUGUCUCCUUCCCUGCGGUUUCCACUGUGAUGCAACAUUUUGAAUUAACAGCUAAAUAAGAUGUGCCCUAGCCUUGCUAUACUUCCUGGUGCCCCAGGCUGGUUGUUUGGGCCCCCGCCUAGUGGGAAGGGACUGAGGGCAAGCAGAGCUGGAGGCAAUGCAAGGGAGGCGGGUGCUGGCUGAGCAGCUGCAGAAGCCAUUGUGUGUAUUGUUCAGAUGCAUUUCCAGUACUAAAUUAAAUGCAUUGUUCAGAUGUAUUUCCAGUACAUAAGGAAGUUCCAGGAUUGAUGUUGCCUUUCAUAGGACUUUUUUGUUUGGGAAGGGGGUCAGAUUCGCCCAGAGCUGAUGGUGGUGCUGGUUGUAGCACGGGCUUUGUGGGGUUGCCUUUGAGCUUUGAGGACUGCUCAGAAGCUUCCAUUGGCUCAAAAUGUGGCUGGUGGGAGCCAUAAGAUCUGAACAUGUUAUAUCAAUUUCGCACCAUGGUUUUUACCUUUUAAAGCCUUAAACAGGGUAUUUAAAUUACCGCCUUCGUAUGAUUCUCCUUCUCUGCUGAGAUCAGCUACAGUCUUGCUUGCCCAGCAAAAAAAGACAAAUUAGGUUGGCAGGCACAAGAGGUCUAACCUUCUUGGUGUUGUGGAGGUCCAUUUACAUGGGCCUAUGCAUUGCUUCUGUAGUGCAAAUACUGAAAACCAAUCUGUUCCAAACUGCCUUUUAAAACAGUGCUUUAUGGCAGUGGUUCUUAUGGCUUUGCAAAUCCUUAAAAUACUGUAGGCUUGGCUGCUUCAAAUCUAUUUUUUCUUGUUGCAUACUGACUUGUGAGAAUUGUGUACUUAAAAGUGGCUUAUAAAUAUAUGAAAAUACCUGUAAAUACAGUCUUGAAGGCUUAAGCAGGACUGGAAAAGGCCAGAUUUCAGGCACCUAUAAUUUUAAUAAUGAUAAUGAUAAUAAUACAGAUAUCCACAAUUAGAAA